CAUAUGUCACGUACUGCUAAAGUUUUUCGUUUGUAAUUAUUUAGUAAAAUACGUAAACUUAAACUUAGACAACAAGAAAACGUGAAUUGAUACAAGAAAAUGGGAGACGUCAAGGCUUUUUUUCAUCAGUACUGUCAGAAAAAUCAAAUAGAUCCGGUUUUUGAAGUCCGACCUACAGGUCCAAAACACAGGCAGAGAUUUUUAUGUGAAGUACGCGUUCCUGGCUACAAUUAUGUUGGUGCGGGAAACUCAACGAACAAAAAAGACGCUCAGUUCAAUGCGGCCAAAGAUUUCGUCAGUUAUCUCGUCCGCAGUGGUUUUGUAAAUCAAAAAGAUGUCCCUGUUGAUGCAUCAGCACCUCCACCUCCUGAGACAGAAGGUUCGAACAAUGGGAGUUCAGUUCAGCACAAGGUGUUCAGAGAGGGCAUGGGACCUACAAACUUUGGUGAGGCAUACCGCCCAUUACAAGGUGACAACAAGGAUCAGUCAGGCAGUUGGCAUUACAUGGAUAGAGCACAAGAACAGAAACGAAUGGAAGAAGCGGAAGAUUUGGAUGUAAAUGCCCAAAUUCAUGGUAACUGGACUGUGGAAAAUGCCAAGUCCAAGCUACAUCAGUUCAUGCAAUCAAACAAAAUUAAUGCAGAUUAUAAAUACACUGUGGUUGGUCCAGAUCACACAAGGACUUUUGUGGCUGAAAUGAGUUUCUACGUAAAACAAUUAGGUAGAACGAUACAUGGACGCGAUACCGGUUCGAAUAAGCAGACAGCAAGUAAAAGUUGCGCCCUGUCACUUGUCAGACAACUAUUUCAUUUAGGUGUUAUUGAAGCUUUUACCGGUACGUUGAAAAAAGAGAAGAAUUCUGCAGAAAUGCAGCCUUUCAAAGUGCGAAUUUCACCAGACGUUCAAUCGAAAGUACAAUCUUGUUUAUCCAAAUUGAAUAUAACUCCGACUAAAGUGACGAUGAACACCGAUCAACCUGUUUCGUUAUUAAGUACGCACAUCCUGGACGAUUUCCAUCCGGCUAAGCCUACAGAAGCCGGCGUCGUUGUGUGGUCACCACCACAACCCAAUUGGAAUCCAUGGACAGGUUGUAACAUCGACGAAGGACCUUUGGCUACUGCUUCUUUGGAACAGUUGAGUGAACAAUUGCUUGAUGACAUGAAAAACAACCUGGCACACAAUAAGUCCUUGCAGGAUAGCAUCGCGGAUAGGGAGAACCUGCCUGUUUUCGCCAUGAAGGGCAAGAUUAUGGAGCUCAUUAACGAGCAUCCAGUCGUUAUAAUUAGAGGUAACACGGGUUGUGGUAAAACAACACAAGUAUGUCAGUUCAUCUUGGAAGAUUACAUAAUGUCGGGACAAGGUGCCUGGUGUAACAUAUGCGUGACGCAGCCACGAAGGAUUUCCGCAGUUUCCGUCUCGGAAAGAAUAGCGAAUGAAAGGUGCGAAGACUUGGGCGAGUCAAUCGGUUACUCGGUGCGUUUUGAGUCUGUUUUGCCUCGCCCAUACGCCUCUGUUUUAUUCUGUACCGUCGGCGUUUUACUCAAGAAAUUGGAGAAUGGUUUGAGGGGCGUUAGUCACGUAAUCGUCGAUGAAAUCCAUGAGAGGGAUGUGAACAGUGAUUUUAUAAUGGUUGUGUUGAGGGAUAUGAUCCACACUUACCCUGAUUUGAGGGUAAUACUUAUGUCUGCAACAAUUGAUACGACUUUGUUCUCAGAUUAUUUUAACAAAUGCCCAGUGAUUGAAAUUCCUGGCCGGGCAUACCCGGUACAACAGUAUUUUUUGGAGGACAGCAUCGAGCUCACAAAAUUCAUACCAACGGCCGACACCAAAAAGAGGAAGAACAAAAACGACGACGACGAUGAUAACACUUUUACAACUGGAGAAGACGGUGACGAAAAUCUGAACAAAGUCAUUAAUUCUCAAUACUCGGAACAAACAAAAAACGCCAUGGCCAGUUUGAACGAAAAAGAAGUCAGUUUCGAACUAAUGGAAGCCUUGUUGACUUACAUUAAAGGUCUAGAGAUACCCGGCGCCGUUUUAAUAUUCCUCCCCGGCUGGAAUUUAAUUUUCGCGUUGAUGAAACACUUGCAAAAUCACCCGACGUUCGGAUCGUCAUCCUACUGCAUCUUACCGCUGCACUCACAAAUUCCCAGAGAGGAACAGAGGCGCGUUUUCGCCCCAGUCCCGCCGCAUGUCACUAAAAUCAUCCUGUCGACCAAUAUAGCUGAAACCUCCAUCACCAUCAACGACGUAGUAUUUGUCAUCGACAGUUGCAAGGCUAAGAUGAAGAUGUUCACAUCGCACAACAACAUGACGAGUUACGCCACGGUUUGGGCGUCCAAAACAAAUUUGGAGCAAAGAAAGGGUCGUGCUGGUCGCGUCCGUCCAGGUUUUUGCUUCCAUCUGGUAUCCAAAGCCAGAUUCAACAAGCUAGACGAACACAUGACUCCCGAAAUGUUCAGAACUCCUCUCCACGAACUAGCGCUAAGUAUUAAGCUCUUGCGCCUCGGUUCUAUAGGACAUUUCUUGAGCAAAGCCAUCGAACCACCACCACUCGAUGCUGUUAUCGAAGCUGAGGUGCUUUUAAGAGAAAUGAAAUGUUUGGACGCCAACGAUGAGCUGACGCCGUUGGGGAGGAUCAUAGCCAAGAUGCCCAUUGAACCGCGAUUAGGGAAAAUGAUGAUUUUGGGAUGCAUUUUUAUGUGUGGUGGGCCUUUAGCGACCAUGGCCGCCAACUCGUCCACGUUCCCGGAGAUUUUCACUCUCGAUGUAGGACAGAGGCGAUUAAGUUACCACCAGAAGGCACUGUCCGGAGACCGACAUUCCGACCACGUUGCUAUGUUGACAGCUUUCGAAUUAUGGGACCAAGCGAGGGCAGGCGGUGAAGAUGCCGAAUUAAGAUUCUGCGACUACAAAGGCAUAAGUAUGCCAACAAUGAGGGUGACAUGGGAGGCAAAACACCAACUUCAGCAAAUCCUAACCAAUGUCGGAUUUCCGGAAGAAACUUUAGCCCCACUGCCGAUGGAAACAGUGGGUCCGGAUGCCCGCCUCGACGUAGUCAUGUCCCUUAUGUGUUACGGAUUAUAUCCGAACGUUUGCUUCCACAAAGAGAAGAGGAAGGUGCUGACCACUGAGAGCAAAGCAGCUUUGAUUCAUAAAACGUCCGUUAAUUGCAGCAACUAUGAGCAGAAUUUCCCGUAUCCGUUUUUCGUGUUCGGGGAGAAGAUCAGGACGAGGGCCGUAUCCUGUAAGCAAAUGACUAUGGUGACCCCUCUUCAUUUGUUACUCUACGGAUCGAGGAAAGUAGAUUGGACAGAAGGAGUUGUCAGGUUAGACAAUUGGAUUAAUUUGGAUAUGGAUCCUCAAGUCGCCAGUGAAAUUGUUGCUUUGAGGCCGGCAUUGGAGAGUUUGGUGAUCAGAGCCUCACAAAAUCCAGAAACCAUUUUAGAAAUGAAUGAAAUUGAUCAAGAGGUUGUGUCUCUGAUUAAAGAACUAUGUAGACUGCAUGCAGGCAGUUUCGAAAUACAAAGAGCAACAACCACCUCUAUUUUGGAAUCGAAGCGUCCGCCUAGGGGUCACAGUCUGGGUUUCAGUGGACCACCACCGAAAUUUUUGCGAGGCGGACGAGGAGGUGGUUAUAGAGGUGGAUAUGGCGGAGGAGACUUUAGAGGUGGAUAUGGUGGUGGCCGUGGAGGAGGGUUUCAUGGUCAACGUGGAGGUGGAUUCUAUGGUGGUGGCUUCCGUGGAAGCCGUGGUGGGGGACGCGGUGGAUUCCGUGGUGGAAGGUGGUGAAUAUGUUUGUAUUCAAAGAAACACUUUCUUAAUUUUAUGUAUUUUAACUGUUGUGAAGACCAAAUUUAGGAUAAUUAAAAGUAUUAUUUUAUA